UUUGUAUUCAUUAUGGUUGAAUUAUUAUUUACAUUUAUACUAUGUUUCUAUUGGAUUAUAUUGAUUGAAUAUAAACGAAUUAAUCGAAAAAUCCAGAAUGAACAACCAUUAAAUUCGUUGACAAAUCGAUCGUUGACAUUGUUUAUACGUGAAAAUACCGAAUUAUUCAUAUUUGUAAAUCGUAUAUUUCGUUUAUAUUCAGUAAUUUUUCUUGUUUAUCUUGCUUGUUUUUUACCGGCCAAUCUUUAUCUUGUAUCAUGUUUGAUAAAAAUUUAUGAUAAUGAACUGGAAGCAGAUAUCAAACAAUUAGUAUUUACAUUAACCUGGAUAGCAUCACAUGCUGUUGGAAUGUUCGGUGUGCAUUAUGUUUGUACCCAAUAUUCAAAUUGUAUCCAUUCGAAUGGUAUCAAACGAUUGAUUCAUUUGAAUACUAUCAAAUCAUUUGUAAAAACAAAAUCAAUAAAUUUACAUUGGAAACUAUUAUCACAAAUCGAAAAAUUUCAUACAAACAAUCGUUAUGGUUUUUCUUAUGGAAAAUUUGGCUUGAUUAGUAUGGCCGGUUUGGUUCGGUUUUCACUCAUUUAUUGUAAAUUACUUAUGAUGGUCUACAAACAAAAAUAUUUACACUAG